UUUAAAAAUGCUAUAAGCGGUCUUAAACUUUCUUUAAAAGUUGCCUCGUCAUUUUAGAAAAAGCUAAUAUUUGUAAAUUAUGGCAUCAUAUUUUGAUGAACAUGAUUGCGAACCUUUAAAAGAUGGUGAACAGCCUAAUCAUUUACUUCACAUGGCCAGGCUACUUUUGGACAGUGGAUUAGCAGCAGAAUGGAAUGUAGAGUAUGAGGCGGCAUUUGGUGGAGAGAGAAAAGUCCCUCCUGCAUCAAAAAAGUUUGUUGAAGAAUUACCAAGGAAAAUAGUAUCACCCACAGAAGCUGCUUUGGAAAAGAAGUGUCCGGUGUGUUUGGGACUGCUUGAUGAAGAAGAUGAGACAAUUGAACUUCCAAAAUGUUCUCACAGGUUUCAUUCGAGCUGCAUUUUGCCUUGGUUACAGCAAGUGAAUAACUGCCCCAUGUGUAGAGAGGAGUUUCCCACAGAUGAUCCAGAUUAUGAGAACUACAAAAAACACAAGGCUAGAGCAAAGCAACGAGAGUUUGAAAUAGACACUCUGCAUAAUGCAAUGUUUAAUUGAUUACAAAUACGUAAUUUAUACAUGUACUCUAGCUGCUGUGAUUAAUGUUAUAUCUUUUUAUCUGGUAUUUUGUUUUAAGGACCAUGUGCAAUUCUUGUAUAAUGGGGGGGGGGGUAUUUUGGUGUUUGACAAUUAGGCUUAGAGUGUAAAACCAACUUGGUGUGUACUACUACAUGUACAUAUAUUGAUAGAUACCUGUAUACAUGUACCUAUCUUAGGUGUCUUUUUCGAAUUCUUAGUCUUAUUAUAAUAUAUUGAUUUUCCAUUAUUAGGAAGUUUUAUUAUUGCUGAGUUUAUAUGUCUAAUUUACUACAAGUAAAUUCACACUUUUGUAUAAUACAAAUGUAUCUUAUGUUUUACCACUUUUAUGGUUUAAUUACUAGUAACCUACCUUGAUAAUAGGAUAACAAAUUUUAGAAUAUUAAAAUGUUGUGUACCCGGUAGUUAUUUUUUAAAAAUAAUAUGUAUAUCUAUCAUUUAGAGAGAAUGAACAUAUUAUUGUACAUGUAUGUUCUUUGUUUAUUGUAUUUAAAUGUUUGAAUACAGGUUGAAUGAUUGAUUUAAGGAAAUCACAAUUAGGGCUUUUUUAGCUCACCUGAGCCGAAGGCUCAAGUGAGCUUUUCUGAUCAUAUUUUGUCCGUCGUCCGUCCGUCUGUCUGUCCAUCUGUCUGUCCGUCUGUAAACUUUUCACAUUUUCGACUUCUUCUCAAGAACCACUGGGCCAAUUUUGACCAAACUUGGUACAAAGCAUCCUUGGGUAAAGGGGA